CCUCACUGCACAAUAAUCCUUCUUUCAUGAAAUUGUUCAAAAACACACCAUAACCCGUCACCCCCCAACACAUUCCUCAGAUCUCUGCCUCUCUCUCUCCAUGGCUAUGGCAACCCAAGCUUCCCUCUUUACCCCAACUCUCUCCACCCCAAAAUCCGGGGAUCGAGUUGUCGUGCCAUGGAAGCAACCAUCAGCUCUGUCCGUCGCAACACCCAAGCCUGCCAAGUUCAUCUUGGCACGGCGGACCAUUAAGGUUGCCGCGGCGGAAGGAAGCGCCGAGGCGCCGGUAAAGGAGGCCCCAGUUGGGUUCACUCCACCGGAACUGGAUCCAAGCACCCCAUCACCAAUUUUUGGUGGCAGCACCGGAGGCCUCCUGCGCAAGGCCCAGGUGGAAGAGUUCUACGUGAUCACUUGGGACUCUCCCAAGGAACAAAUCUUUGAGAUGCCCACUGGAGGCGCAGCCAUAAUGAGGCAAGGUCCAAACUUGCUGAAAUUGGCUAGGAAAGAGCAGUGCUUGGCACUUGGCACAAGGCUGAGGUCCAAGUACAAGAUUAAGUACCAGUUUUACAGGGUGUUCCCCAAUGGAGAGGUCCAGUACUUGCACCCCAAGGAUGGCGUAUACCCGGAGAAGGUAAACCCCGGUCGCCAGGGAGUCGGUCAGAACAUGCGGUCCAUCGGAAAGAAUAUCAACCCAAUUGAGGUCAAGUUCACUGGCAAGCAAGUAUAUGACUUGUGAAGUUCUUAAUGCAUUUCUCAUAUGUAUGUGUGAUUAUGUGAUAAUUUUAGUUUUUGUUUGUUGCUGUAAUCCUAUUCCAUUUUCUUCUUCUUUGAAGAAGCUAAAUUGUGAAACACACUGCUGCUUCUAUAUUUGCUAUGACAUCAAAAAAGGACCUUGGAUUCUA